UGGGAGGAAUUUGGAAAUAAAUGCAGAGAAGAAAGGCUUUGUAGUUUGUAGGCUUCUACAAACCGAAACAAAGACAGCCAAUUUCAGUGGGAGAGCAGAGUCGCGGUUCUUCGUCUCCGGCUCGUUAUUCAUCGUACGGAACCUGUUCUCUCAAAGAAACACUGAAAGUAUGGCUGGACAUAAUGACUCAAAUGCAUCUGAGAAGAAAUCAAAUGAAGCUACAAAUGAUUUACCCACCUUCAAUGCUGAGAAUAUGCAAAGUAACAUGAAGAUCAUAUAUUACAGCCGAACAUUCAUGUCCAUUAUUGGUGGGGUCAUUGCUGGGAUUUUGGGAUUCACAAGCUUGACUGGAUUCAUCUUUUAUUUUCUUGUUAUGGCGAUUACUUCGGUUGGACUCACAGCCAAGGCAGGGUUUUCCAUCCAUUCAUACUUCAGUUCCUGGAACCAGAUCGUGCUUGAUGGUUUUCUGGGUGGGCUUAUGUCAUUCGUGCUGUUCUGGACAUUUGCUUACGACAUCGUACAUAUAUUCUGAGAUGUUAUCUGCUUAUGGAUGGAAGGAAAGAUCAAGUGGCGAUCUGGUGUAUCAGGAAUGGAAUCAAAUCUGUCACACUGCUUGCUGGAAUGUAAGUGUUUUGUCUUUUUAACCAGACUCUGGGAAUUGCUUUUGUACCAUUACGGAUCCAUAGAUACAAGUUUGUUUGGAGGAAACUUUAUGCUUAUUAACACUCUUAGGGAACUUUCAUUUAGUUGAAUUUUCAUGAAGUUGGUUUGAUGUUUUGCUUUUCCCUCCAUUGACGAAGUAUUUUAUCAAUCAGGUUAAAAAUUUAUGAGAAUCUUUUUUGAAUCUUGUUUACCUC